UGGACGUCCUCGUUAGCGGUUGGUUAAAGUGCAAGAAAACGGGUAUUUUCGAAAAAAUAUUAAUUUUAACACGGCUAGUAAAAAAAAAAGAGAAAUAGAAUAAAAAAAGUAAAAAUUAUUUACAAAAUAUAAAAUUUUUAUUAUUUAAUUGGAAAAGAGUUUAAAGAACCUUUAAGUGUUUUUUUUUCAAUAUUUGGGGCAUUUAAUUACCAAAUUGAAGUCAUAAAUAAAAGGAAGACCUAAAAAACACAAAAAGUGCAAUAUACUCAAAAUACAAAAAAAUUAAAACUCAGCAAGUAUUAAGCAAAAAAAAAAAAACCAAAAAAAAUUAACACAUGUUUUCUUGGAAAUAGAAAAAAGUGAAGUGCAGAUAAUUUAAACGGAAAUAAUAACUAAAAUAUAUAAAAUAUUUUUAAAAAUAUUACAACAAGUGAAAAUAUUUGAAAAAGACGUGUGUGCUUGCAGUCAUUUUAACGUAAUGGCCCUCAUUUGGUGCAUAAAGAAAACCUACAACAACAACUAAAACAACUAAAAAUAUUCAAGAAAAUCUUUUUUUACAAAAAGAAAACACAAACAUAUGUACAUAUGGAAAAAGAAACCUACUAAAUAAAAUAAAAAUACAUAUCUUAAAGAUUGUGUAUCUUGUAACUUGAAAAUGCAUUUACUUCACACCAAUAACAACUACACUAUAUCAAAAUACAACUUGGUGUUGUGAAAAUGUGUUAAAAUUAGAGAAAAGAAAACAAAAUUUCCAUUUUUUUUGAAAACAACGUUUUCUUGUACCGCAAAACUGUUAAUUGCAGUAAUUAGAUACAUAUUCUCCCUUAGAAAUCCACAAUUAAUAUUAAAAUCUGUUAAAAACAGAAAAAGAUUACAAAUAAAACGAACCUCAAACGACGAACAACAAAAACAACAAUGAAACGCAGUAAGUGGAGCUUAAGCUUCACUCAACAUUCUAUACUCUCAUGGUCUUUAAUGACAAUAUUGUUGCUAAAUAAUGGACCACAAUUGUCGUAUGGUCAUGGUCCCACCACAUUUAUGCCAGCCUUGGAAUGUUACGACAAAUAUAAUAAACCUCAGAAAUGUAUGCCGGAAUUCAUAAAUGCUGCUUACCAAUUGCAAAUCGAAGCAACAAAUACAUGCGGCGAGCAGGGUGAAAAUCACUUUUGUGUACAAACAAUGAACUCAAACUACAAGAACUGUGAAUUUUGCAGAUGGGAAGAUCACAAUCCAUCGUAUUUAACGGAUUUGCAUGAUCCACAAAAUCCAUCAUGGUGGCAAUCGGAAACCAUGUAUGAAGGCAUACAACAUCCCAAUCAUGUCAAUUUAACAUUGCAUUUACGCAAAUCUUUUGAUAUUACUUAUGUACGUCUAUUGUUCCGUUCUCCCCGACCGGAAUCGUUUGCCAUUUACAAACGUACUUGUGAGUCCUGUCCUUGGAUACCUUACCAAUAUUACAGUGCCACUUGUAGAGAUACUUAUGCCUUACCCGACUCUAGAGCCAUACGUAAGGGUGAGGGUGAAGCCCAUGCUUUGUGUACCAGUGAAUACAGUGAUAUAUCACCUUUAAGAGAUGGUGAAAUUGCCUUCUCCACAUUGGAAGGUCGUCCCAGUGGUAUUAAUUUUGAACGCAGCACUGAAUUGCAGGAAUGGGUAACCGCCACUGAUAUUCGUAUUACUCUUGAUCGUCUCAAUACUUUUGGUGAUGAACUCUUCGGUGAUGCUCAAGUAUUGAGAUCAUAUUUUUAUGCCAUUUCUGAUAUAGCUGUUGGUGCACGUUGCAAGUGUAAUGGUCACGCUAGUAAAUGUGUGCCCAGCACAGGCAUGAAUGGUGAACGCAGACUGGUGUGUGAAUGUCGUCACAACACCGAUGGUCCAGAUUGUGACAAAUGUCUGCCAUUGUACAAUGACGUCAAAUGGAAAAGGGCCACAUCAACAGAAGUCAACGAAUGUAAAGCCUGUAAUUGUAACGGUUAUGCUGAUAAAUGUUUCUUCGAUGCCCAUCUCUACAAUAUGACCGGUCAUGGUGGUCACUGUUUAGAUUGUCGCGACAAUCGUGAUGGUCCCAAUUGUGAACGUUGUAAGGAGAAUUUCUAUAUGCGCGAAGAUAGUUAUUGUAUUCAUUGUGGUUGUGAUCCUGUCGGUUCGCGUUCACUACAAUGUAACAGCCAAGGCAAGUGUCAAUGUAAACCUGGUGUUACUGGCGAUAAAUGUGAUCGUUGUGAAGCAAAUUACUAUCAAUUUGGUCCACAUGGUUGCCAGCCUUGCGGUUGUGAUCCUCGUGGUUCAUUUGGUAAUAUGCCUUCUUGUGAUCCCGAGACGGGUAUAUGUCAUUGCAAAGACAAUGUAGAGGGUAAACGUUGUAAUGAAUGUAAACCUGGCUUCUUUAACUUGGACAUGACUAAUCGUUUUGGUUGCACACCCUGUUUCUGUUACGGUCACACUUCAGAGUGUCAAACUGCCCCAGGUUAUUCCGUAGUUUCUACUACUUCCAAUUUCAAUAAACAUAAAGAACGUUGGAGUGCUGUAGAUUUGUAUGCCCAAGAUAUUGACAUUAAGUAUAACCAAUAUAGUCACAGUAUUGGUACUACUGCCCAUGGCAAUGAUUAUGUGUAUUUCCAAGCUCCUGAACGUUUCUUGGGUGAUCAAAGAGCUUCUUAUAAUCGUGAUUUAAAAUUCAAAUUGCAAUUGGUGGGUCAAAUUGCUCCGAGCACUAGUGCCAGUGAUAUUAUUUUGGAAGGUGCUGGUACUAAAAUUUCAUUACCCAUUUUCGCCCAAGGCAAUGGUAUGCCCGAUAAUGAUGUAAAGGAAUAUACUUUCCGUUUGCAUGAACAUCGUGACUAUCAGUGGCAACCUAGUCAAUCGGCCAGAGGUUUCCUGUCUAUACUUUCCAAUUUGACAGCCAUCAAGAUUCGCGGUACUUACUCGAAGCAAGGUGAGGCUAUUUUGGAUGAUGUUGAAUUGCAAACAGCUCAUAGAGGUGCUGCUGGUCAACCUGCUACCUGGAUUGAACAAUGUACUUGUCCCGAAGGUUAUUUGGGUCAGUUCUGUGAAUCUUGUGCUCCUGGUUAUCGCCAUAGUCCCGCCAGAGGUGGUCCAUUUAUGCCUUGUAUUCCUUGUGAUUGUAAUGGUCAUGCUGAAAUUUGUGAUUCCGAAACUGGUCGUUGUAUCUGUCAACACAAUACCACUGGUGAUAACUGUGACCAGUGUGCCAAGGGUUACUAUGGUAAUGCUUUGGGUGGUACUCCUUACGACUGCAAACGUUGUCCCUGUCCCAAUGACGGUGCCUGUAUGCAAAUCAAUGGUGAUACUGUCAUCUGUACCGAGUGUCCUGUCGGUUACUUUGGAGCCCGUUGUGAACAAUGUUCGGAUGGUUUCUAUGGUGAUCCUACCGGUUUAUAUGGCGAAGUACAAACAUGUAAAUCAUGUGACUGUAACGGCAAUGUAGAUCCUAAUGCUGUGGGUAAUUGUAACCGUACCUCUGGUGAAUGUUUGAAAUGUAUCCACAACACCGCUGGAAAAUAUUGUGAUGAAUGUUUACCCGGUCAUUUCGGUGAUCCUCUAGCCUUGCCACAUGGUCAAUGUGAUCGUUGCAGUUGUUAUCCUCCAGGUACAGAACAAAAUAAUGAUGGUAUUUCCCAGUGUGAUCAAGUUACUGGCCAGUGUCAUUGUAAACCUAGUGUUAUUGGACGCGAUUGUGGUGAAUGUCAGCCAGGCUAUUUCAAUAUCAUGUCUGGCAAUGGUUGUGAGAACUGUAUGUGCGAUCCUAUUGGUUCCUAUAAUUCUACCUGUGAUCGUUCUUCGGGUCAAUGUUUCUGCAAGCCUGGUGUUGUAGGUUUGCAUUGUGAUCAAUGUGAUGUUUAUCAUUAUGGCUUCUCCUCCGAAGGCUGCAAACCUUGUGAAUGUGAUGAAAGUGGUUCAAAGGGCUUCCAGUGCGAUCAAAAUGGUCAAUGUCCUUGCAAUGACAAUGUGGAAGGCAGACGUUGUGAUCGUUGUAAGGAAAACAAAUACGAUCGUCAUUUAGGCUGUAUCGACUGUCCCGAUUGUUACAAUCUUGUACAAGAUGCCGCCAAUGAACACAGAGCUAAAUUGAAGAAUUUAAGCUCCACUUUGGAUGAAAUUGCUCGUACGCCGGUCACCAACGAUGGUGAAUUUGAAGCCAAAUUGAAGUCUGUGCAAGAGAAGGUAGAUAUUUUGUUAAAUGAUGCCAAAUAUGGAGCUGGCGAUAGUGGUAAAACUUACGUUGAAGUUUUGAGUGAUUUGCACAAACGUUUGGAAAGCAUUAAUAGCCAUUUAGAUAGCGCCGAUGCUCUGCAAGACUCAGCCAAUGAAGAGAUUGAAAAGGCUAAACACAAUCAUACCAUUGCCCAAGAUAUUAUACAAGCUGCCAAGACUGAUUUGAAAAAUGCUUUGGAUUUGUUACAUGAUGAAGGUGAACAGGCUUUGGCUAAAGCCCAAAAUAAAUCCGUUGAGUUUGGUGUACAGUCCGAUCAAAUUUCCGAUAUAUCACGUGAAGCUAGAGCUUUGGCCGAUCGUUUGGAAUCGGAGGCACAAUUUGAUUUGAAAAAUGCCAAGGAUGCCAAUGAUGCAGUAGAAAAGGCUUAUGAAUUGGCCAAGAGUGCCAUUAAUUUGCAACAGAAAGUAAGCGAUGAAUUAAGAACUGAAGUACGUUUAGAAUUGGAUACUGUUAAACAAGGUUUGGGAACCGCCACCCAAACAACUAAGGAAGCUUUACGUAAAGCCAAUGAAGUUUAUGAUGCUGCCUUGAGUUUGUUGAAUGAUGUUUCUGGUUUAAGUGCACCUGAAAUCGACAUUAAGAAAUUCAAGGAAGAAGCUUUAGAAGCCAACAAACAAGCCGAUGAGCUUUUGCAGCAAGUCAAUGACAUUUCAAAUAGUAAUGGUGAUCUUUUCGAAAACUUUGAACAGGAAAUAAGUUUGGCUGAUGUUAUGUUAGAAAGAGCCAAUCAACAAAAAUUGGAUGAUAUUGAUUUGUUAAAGAGAGCUCAAGAUGCUUUCGAUAAGGCCACCAAGGCUGUAGAACAAGGUGACAAUACUUUGAAGGAGGCUAAUAAUACCUAUCACACUUUGGCCGGUUUCCAAUCGGAUGUACAAAAAUCUUCCCAGAAGGCAGAUUUGGCUUUACAAACUGUACCCAGCAUUGAGCAAGAGAUUGAAAAGGCUGAAAAUCUAAUUAGACAAGCCGAAGAAGCUUUGGAUGGAGCCAAUAAGAAUGCCAACGAAGCCAAAAUGAAUGCCCAAGAGGCACAACAAAAAUAUGCCGAACAAGCUUCAAAGGAUGCCGAAUUUAUACGCAAACGCGCUAAUGAAACUAAAGUCAGUGCACGCAAAUUGAGAGAUGAAGCCGAUCAAUUAAAUCAUCGUGUUAAAGUAACCGAAAUCGAUAUUGGUAAACUCGAAGAAUCUUCUAGUAAAGAUGAUAAUUUAGUAGAUGAUGCCAAACGCAAGGUGGGUCAAGCCAAGGCCGAUACUGAAGAAGCUAAAAAACAAAUCGACAAAGCUGUCAAUGAGCUGGAUGAUAUUAAUGAAGAAUUAAUUAAUCUUAAAGAUAUUAAUACAGCUGAUUUAGAUAAACUAGAAAAACGUUUGGAUGCCGUUGAAUUGGAUGUUAAUCGUGCCAAUUUAACUGGUCGCAUUGAGAAAUUCCGGGAAAUGCGCAAUAUACAAAAGAAAACUGUAGAAAAAUACGAAAAAGAACUAUUGGAACUGCAACAGGAAGUCCACAAUGUUCGUUUAAUAUCCGAAGCUUUGCCUGCCAAUUGCUUCUCCAGAAGUAGACUUGAACCUUAAAGUGUAUAAUGGCCAUAGCACUAUUACUACCAAUUACCACCUAUAAAAUAAAACAUCAGAACAAUUUCAAAUGCAAUUUUGAUUCAAAGCCAGAACAAACAUUUUAUUUUUAGGUUAAACAAAACUAAUAACAACAAAUAUAAUCAUAAUAAUUCUUAUUUAGUUAAAAUCAUUAUUAAGCUUUAUUAAGAAAUACAUAGUAACUAGAGAGAAAAGAAAACAAACAAAACAACAAAGUGCCUUAAGAUAAGGAAUCCAUGUUAAUCCUUGCAACAAAAAAAACUUUAAACUAACUGCCCUUUUUUAUAUGUAUGGAAUUUUUGCUUCUCAUUUAUAGUUUUCGUGUUUUUAAUGUAAACAUUCAUUGUAUUAAUGAUAAAUCAUGUGAAACGUUACUUUCUAUUCGAAUAAUAAUUAAAUAUAAUUUAAGUUUAAUUUCAA